AGAGUGGGAGAGACUCCCACAUAAUGACAUCAUCAUCAGUAUAAUACUCACAGUCGGCACGUACAGUUAUCUUCUGCUUUGUAUUGUGAGUCUGAUCACCAUGCGUGAAAUUGUUCAUCUUCAGAUCGGACAGUGUGGAAAUCAAAUCAGUUCAAAGUUCUGGGAAGUUAUCAGUGAGGAACAUGGUAUCAAUGCAGUGGGAACCUAUGAGGGGGACACAGCGCUUCAGCUGGAGAGAGUCAGUGUCUACUUUAAUGAAGCAAACGGUGGGAAGUAUGUUCCCCGGGCAUUGCUGGUGGAUUUGGAACCAGGAACAAUAGACAGUGUGAGGAGCAGUCACAUUGGAGAACUCUUCAGACCGGACAACUUCAUUCAUGGGACUUCUGGAGCUGGAAAUAACUGGGCAAAAGGUCACUACACAGAAGGUGCUGAGUUAGUUGAGCAAGUAUUAGACCGUGUCCGUACUGAAGCUGAAAGCUGUGACUGCCUGCAAGGCUUCCAGUUUGUUCACUCCUUGGGUGGUGGUACUGGUUCAGGAAUGGGGACCCUACUCAUCAACAAAAUCCGUGAAGAGUUUCCAGACAGAAUCAUGAAUAGCUUUAGUGUCAUGCCCUCUCCUAAAGUCUCUGACACAGUAGUGGAGCCUUAUAAUGCCACACUGUCCAUUCACCAACUCAUUGAGAGUACAGAUGAGACAUUCUGCAUUGACAAUGAAGCUCUUUAUGAUAUCUGUUUCCGAACACUGAAGCUCACCACUCCAACAUAUGGAGAUCUCAAUCAUCUUGUGUCUAUGACUAUGAGUGGAGUCACAACUUCUCUGCGCUUCCCUGGUCAGCUGAACGCUGACCUCCGCAAGCUGGCUGUCAACAUGGUUCCUUUUCCCCGCCUUCACUUCUUUAUGCCUGGCUUUGCACCUCUCACACCUCGAGGGUGUCAACAAUACCAGGGCCUUUCUGUUCCCGAGCUCACCCAGCAGAUGUUUGAUGCCCGGAACAUGAUGACGGCAUGUGAUCCCCGGCAUGGCCGCUACCUCACUGUCGCAGCAGUUUUUCGUGGCCACAUGUCCACUAAAGAGGUGGAUGAGCAAAUGCUUUCUGUUCAAAAGAAGAACAGCAAUAACUUUGUGGAUUGGAUCCCCCACAAUGUUAAAGUGGCCGUUUGUGACAUCCCACCACGUGGCCUUAAAAUGGCAGCUACCUUCAUUGGAAACAAUACAGCAAUCCAAGAAAUAUUCCGUCGAGUCGGGGAGCAAUUUGCCAUGAUGUUCCGCAGGAAGGCUUUUCUGCACUGGUACACAGGAGAAGGAAUGGAUGAGAUGGAGUUCACAGAGGCUGAGAGCAACCUGAAUGAUCUGGUAUCCGAAUACCAGCAAUAUCAGGAUGCCACAGCUGAGCUGGAUUGGGAGCCAGAGGAAGAAAUAACAGAGGUAGAGGGAAAUGCAGCAACAGUAAUAAACAGCAGAGUAGAUAUAAAAACUGAGACUAUGAGUGAAGAUUAGUCUAGUGAACAUUUAUUGUGAAGAGGGUUAUUAUGUUACCAACUGUGUUACAUCUUGAAUACCAAAAUAUGUUUUAUUAAAAAUGAUACUAUUACUACAAUUUAUUGAUAUGAAACCACUGGAGUGACAUCAUCCAUAAUUUUGUGUUCAUUGACUAUUAAUUUCUACUUAACUAUAAUGAAUUCUUUGUAAUGUUUGUAAUAUUUUUCAAAACAUGCACAACUAACAUGUUAAUGUUUCAAAAUUUAGUAGAUAUAGUAUAUAAAGGUGCUAAACACAAUAAUUAUGUUUGAGCAACUUUUUAUAAUUAGAUGACAUUUUAUCUUCUUUCAUUUUUUAAUAGAUUGAAUUAAUACCUAACUUUUCUUUCUUUCUUUCUUUCUUUCUUUCUUUCUUUCUUUCUUUCUUUCUUUCUUUCCUUUUUUUAAUAGACUAAAUAUCUUAAAAUACUAAACAUGCUAAUACCCCCAUGAAGGUCUGAAAGGCAACCCUAGGCUUCCAAACAGGCUAUCUGACAGGACAUGAUUAAACACAAGUGGCUCUGAAGAUAGUGAUGAGCAGCACAAAAAAGUUUCAUUAACCACAGAUGACAGCAAACGCCUCUGUAAGCGAUAUUGACAGCAUGUUAACUUCCUUUAGACUUAGCCACUGAAAAAGAUCACCCCUCCCUUUAGUCUCAUGCCCUUCUUCCUAAGACAUGUUCUUGCUCAGAAUAUAGAUCUAGUACCAUAAUGCAGGAAGUGCUGGUGAAAGCAGAGUUUUGCCACAUAUGGAUUCUAAGUUAGAGAGGUUAUUACACUGACUGAAUUUGUUUAAUUAGGCUGGUGCGCAUCUUAAUCUCAAAGUCUGCCUCCACAUUGCUUUUUUGUAAUCAAUACUCAAAAGAAUUAUACUCAUAAAAACAAUAAAACUGUAUGAAAUCUGUGAA